ACGAAAAGAGGUUAGAAAUACAUGGCGGUACAUGGCUUUGCUUGGGUUAGAUUGGAAUAAGUCAUCCUAAGUUGUGAUUUCUAAUAAACGCCUAUUAAAAAUAAAAGGAUAAAUAAAUCAAAUUAGAAAUGGUUGUAUUUACGUGCAAUCAUUGUGGUGAGAGUGUACAUAAACCGGCAGUAGAGAAGCAUUAUAAUUUUGCGUGUCGCAAAUAUAAGGACUUAACAUGUGUUGAUUGUUUCAAAGAUUUUCGGGGUGAAGAAUAUUCAGUUCAUACAAAAUGCCUAACUGAGGAUGAAAGGUAUGCUGCUAAAGGUUCUAUGCCUAUUGGAGUUCAGAAAAAAGGUGAAGCAAAGCAGGAUGCAUGGGUGGAGAUGAUAAGAGCUAUUAUCCAGGAAGAUAUUAAUAUGAAGCCUCAAAAUAAGAAUUUGCUGUUAACCAUUUCAAAACAUAAUAAUGUUCCCAGGAAAAAGCAAAAGUUUCUUAAUUAUAUUAAAAGUGCAACAGGCGGUAAAGUAUCAGAAAAUACAAUUUCUGAUGUUUGGGACAUAAUAGAAAGCUAUAAGGAAAAACAUGUUAAAUUGAAUAAAACAAAAAAUGAAAAUGAUAAAAAAGAAGAAGAAAACCAUUCCAAUUCUGAAACAAUUAAAAUGAAAAAUGGAGAAAGUGGAGCUGAAAAAGCACCUAAAACGACUAAGCGAAAAGAUGUGAAUGACUCCAUUGAGGUUGCUUCUCCAAAGAAAAAAUCUAAAACUGAAAAAUUGAAAGCAGCUAAGGAAACUGAAACUGUAGAAGUUGAAAAGAACUCUUCAGAAAUUUGUAGAGUAAACCAAAAAAGAAAAGAAAAUGAUAUUGACGGUGAUAAUGAAAUAAAACAAAAGAAAAACAAAACUUUGGAAACAAAUUAUAAAUUAGAAGAAAAUUCUACUUCAAAGAAGAAAAAACAAAAAGUAACUGACAAAACAGAGACUUCAUUAAAAAACGAAGCAAAUCAAGAGAAUGCUUCAUUAAAAGCAAAUAAAAAGAAGAAAAAUAAAAAUACUGUAUCUGAAAAAACAAAUAGUAAUGGAGGGGGCUUAGAAUUGGAUGAAAAAAUAUCUGAGAUAAAUGAACAGAAUUUAACUCAACUCAAUGAAAGCUCAUUAAUUGAAAAUAGCCAAGAAAACAGCAAAUCUUUUAUUAUUGAAGACAUGAUCUUGAAUAUUAUGAAGAAAUACAGUGAAAUUUCUAUUGUAAAAUUGGAAAAGAAAAUUACCACCAAGUAUAUAAAGCAUACACAAGAAGCAGAGGUUCCACAAAAGUUUGUGAAGAAAUUUCAUAAGAAGCUAAAAAAAUGUGAAAAGGUUGAAAUAGCUGAUAAUAUUGUUAAGCUUAAAAAUGUAUUUGAUGAACAAAAUAAUUAAAAACUAUAUCAUAUUUGUUCUUAAA